CAAUCUUUUGGUCAUGACCAAAAAAUUGGUAGGGUAUGAUUUGCCAGCAAUUCAAACACACCCACAUUUCAGUCACUUCAGUCCAGCCGAACCGCCGCACCCCACCUAGGAGCACCCACGCUCGCUUUUGUCCCUCGUCUCACUGCCGCCGCCGGCGGUUCCGGCCACCGUACCCUUCCUUCCGGUUUAUCUCAGGGAUGGAACUACACUCGGGCAGUCGCCUCAGCUCGCAUUCGCUCCCAGGAGCUCCCCGUCGUUCCUGCACACGGCGCUGCCCAGACGGCGGCGGAGAGGACCAGAUCAGCGCCCUUCCGGAUGAUAUGCUGCUCCAGAUCCUCGUUCGCCUCCGCUGCGCCCGCGCCGCCGCCCUCACGAGCUCUCUCUCCCGCCGGUGGCGCGGCCUCUGGAGGCACCUCUUCGCGAUCUCCUUUUGCGAGAUCCCCUUGGACGCAGUCGACGCCGCCCUCCAACAGGUCGCCUGCCCUACUCUAUCCCGCCUCGAAAUAGAGAUCCCCGAGAGGCACAGGAUCAUGGACUCUGCACGCCUCUCCGCGCUGCUCCAAGCUGCCGAGCGGUUCGCCCCGGCGGAUCUCGUCGUCGAUGUCCACGGGGACUGUAAAGAUCAAGUUACACGUAGCCAACCUUUAUCUCACACUGCCGGCAAGGCGCGUUGAGUUCUCUAUGCUGGAGAGGUUGUCUGUCGCCCACUGCCGCUUCGACAACAUGAACAUGGUUGAGCUGAUCAGCCGGUGCCCUCACCUGCGCGUGCUAGAAGUGGACCACUGCUGGCGUCUCGACACGCUCAAAGUUCACUCAGCGACCAUUGAAGAGCUUGUGGUGGACGACUGGCUGACCAACGUUGAUAUCGUGGCCCCCGUGCUUAAGAAGUUCAGGUUGAAAUCCACCAUGGAGAGUUCCUUCAGCGUGUCCUUCUCAGCACCGAUGGUGGAAUAUCUCUCGUGGUCAUUCUCGUUUCACCAUCAAAAUGUCGGGAUCGGCGAUAUGCGGCUAUGGUGUGUGCGUGGCCUGAGUCUACAGACAAAACAGAGAGCCCACGUCCUACUGUUGGACAUAGAUUUUGCGCACGAGGAAUUUCUUGUGGACAGUGACUUGUUCCAGCAGAUAUCACCGCUUCCUGAAUUUUCUGUUUUGGAGAUGUAUUUGGGAUCAUAUGGACAUGUUUUUGGAGCAAUGAUGUUGGAUCUUCUUGGGACUUGCAACGCUAUAACCAGGCUUAAAGUCACCAUGCGAAGCUCACCGAGAACACAAGCAUGCCCACCAGAAUGUCUUUGUGAUGAAUUCCCAAACUGGAGAAGUCAAACUAUCCCGCUGAUGUCUCUUGAAGAAAUAGAUAUAGAUGGGUUUUUGGGACUGGGCCACGAAGUUGAUUUCUUGAAACUUCUGUUCAGAUCCGCAACUUUGAUGAAAACAAUGGUCGUCAGGUUAUCCUGUAAGCUUUUCCCAAGUGAUGGGGGAUAUAAGGAAAUGUGCAGCAUCUUCGAGGCGAAUCCAUCUGUGAAAUGCUAUGUUUAUCGCAGCUCUGGAUGGUAUUAAGCAGGUUAUUGAACCAUGUCUAUCUUAUGAUUCUAGUUGUAACUUUAUAUGAUAGCCCCUAAUAAACUUGAGCUACUGCCCUAUCUUCAUUUGUCGUCUUCAUGUUUUGCGGAAGAUUUACGUCAG